AAGAAGAGAAGGUUGAAAAAGAAAGAGGAUUUUCUCUUCUCUGUCUUUUUCUUUUCCUUCUUCUUCUCAAUGUUAAAAACUCUGUUUGGGUUAAUCAUCUGUUUUCUCUUCGUUAGCAGUUUAUAAAUUUCUUUAAUUGUGACAAUUAUCUUUUCUAACAAUUAGUUGAUUGUCCAGUUGAUUAGAAGCUUAAAUCUAAUUGAAAAUGUCUAAAUUAUCAACUGUUCUCAUCGGAGGUGGAACUGGAUUAGUUGGAACUCAUUUAGCUGAUGCAUUUCGUAAUUGUGCCUCUAAAGUGAUUGUCAUCUCUCGAAUGCCGGGUGACAAUCGACUAUCAUGGAAUGAUAUUCAACAAAAAGGAUUUCCUCAUGAAACCGAUGUAGUGGUCAAUGUCGCUGGACAAAAUGUUCUUGAUCCAAUGAGACGUUGGACUCCAGGGUUUAGACAGAAUGUUGUUUCGAGUCGAGUUCAGACUACCCGAAUUCUAGCUGAGGCCAUUGAUAAAUCGGCGAAACCACCAAAAGUUUUCAUCACAAUUUCUGGUGUUGGUUUUUAUCCUCCUAGUCAAUCAAUUGAAUAUAAUGAGGAUAGUAAACCAAAAUCAGCUGAUUUUUUCUCUAAAUUGUGUAUCGAUUGGGAAAAUGCUGGUAAUUUGUCGCCAUCUAAAUCGACACGUCGGGUUAUCAUAAGAUCGGGUGUUGUCUUAGCUCGAGACGGAGGAAUAAUUCAACGGCUUUAUUUGCCUUUUUUCCUUGGAUUUGGUGGUCCAAUUGGAUCUGGAAAUCAGUAUUUUCCAUGGAUUCAUAUUGAUGAUUUAGUUAAUUUGUUUCUCUUUUCGGUGAACAAUGAAAACGUUACCGGAAUUUUAAAUGGCGUCGCUCCUCAAAUCGUCACGAACAAACAGUUUUCCAAAGCCUUAGGAUCAGCCAUGUUUCGUCCUUCCUUUAUGCCUUUACCUGAGAAAGUGGUUGAACUUAUCUUCGGUAAAGAAAGGGCAUCGAUGAUGACCCAAGGUCAGAAAGUGUCACCAAAAAGAGUUGAAAAACUUGGAUUUUCUUACCAAUUUCCUGAUAUAAUUUCCGCUUGUAAAAAUAUUGUCAAAUAGUUUCUCAUGUAAAUCAAAUUUAAUUGUUAUCUUUUAAAACGAUUAGUAGACUCUACAAAUUCAAAUAUGUAGCUGACUAUUAGUUUAACAAUAUUAACUUAUUUUAACGAUUAAUUAAUCGUAACAAUUGAAAA